GAGGAGGAGGAGCAGGAGCAGGAGGAGCGACUCCUUGACCACCUCCAGAGUUUUGAAGGGAACGGAGCUGGAAGGACGGAGGCUGCUGACGGAGGCUGCUUGAGGCUGUGCGCAGAAUGAAAAGAAACUGUUGGCGAGGGAGAAUCUGCUGGCGAGACAAUCGAAGGCCAGGUCCCAAUCAGACUUGGAGGAUACGCCACCGCUGGACUUCUUCAUCAAGGCUAGGGUCUAGGCAAGAACCACCAGAGGACCCAGACACUAGCCCAGAUGAAUCUCCCUCUACAUUAUCUGAUUUAUUCCAGAACUUUCCACCACCUGAAUUACCAGGAUUUUACUACGAUCCUGAAAAGAACCGUUACUUUCGCUUGCUUCCUGGGCAUAACAACUGCAACCCUCUCACCAAUGAGAGUAUUCAGCACAAACAGAUGGAGAGUCAAAGGCUAAAGCUUUUGGAGGAGGAGGAGAAAUGCAUGAAGAAAACAUCCAGGAUUGGGCUGAACUCUUCAAUUGUUUUACGCAAGAGGCAGUUAGGUUUGCCUAGCUCUAUCAACUAUCGCAGGUCGAUCCAUGAAUUAAAAGUGAAUUGCAUGCAGAGAAGGAAAUUAGAAAUUGAGACCCCAGAUUCCUCUGUUUCUGGAAGCAACAAUUUUAAAUUGAUAAUGGCAGACAGUGCCUCUGAAAGAAUAUUCACUGUGAAUGAUGUAGAGCACGGAGGAUGUAAAUGUGGUAUUGUCAACCUCAGUGGUUUGGGGAAGAAUACUCUUGCUGUGGAAAUGUACGACAACCUGUAUUUUACAAACCGCAAGGUGAAUUCUGUGUGUUGGGCCUCGCUAAGUCAUCCGGAUUCCCAUGUGUUGCUGUGCCUCAUGGGCAUUGCAGAGACUCUCGGCUGUGCCAGCCUGCUUCCAGCAUCCUUGUUCAAUAACUCUAAUGCAGGAGACCAACCUGGAAUGUUGUGCAGCUUCAAGAUCUCCACAGCCUGGUCCUGUGCCUGGUGUCGGAAUCCUCAGGCUGAUAAUUACUUUAGCACAGGUUUAAGUCAACAAGUCCAUGUGACCAAUGCAGUGACCGGCCAUCGUCAGAUAUUUUCUAUCAGCAGUGAUGCUCUAGCGCAGCAGUUUGCCACCCAGGCUCCAGUGCUGUAUAAUGGCUGCCGUUCAGGGGAGAUUUUCAGCAUUGAUAUCCGCCGACCCAUCAAUACAGGGCAAGGGUUGAAAACCCUCCGGCUGUUUCAUGACUCGGCAGUCACAUCUGUGAAUCUUCUGAAGGAUGAGCAGUACCUCUUGGCUGCAGACAUGGCAGGCCAGAUAAAACUCUGGGAUCUGAGAAAACUAAAAUGUGUGAAAGAAUAUCACGGUCAUCACAAUGAACAUAGCAUUCUGCCUUUGCAUGUCAAUGAGGAAGAAGGGCUUCUUACAGCAGUGGGUCAGGAUUGUUAUACACGAAUUUGGAGUCUCCAAGACGCUCAUUUGCUACGGACUAUCCCUUCUCCACAUCCAUUUUCCACUGACUCCAUCCCAAGUGUGGAGUUUUCAUCACAUCUUGGAGGCUCCCGAGGGGUUCCCGGCUUGCUUAUGGCUGUCAAGCAGGAUCUCCAUUAUUUCUCCUAUAAAACAGACGAUCCAUAUUGUCUGCCUACCAAAGAAGCGGACCAUUCCACUCCACCUUAGUGAUGGAGAACAAAAAUGUGGAUGCUGUCUGCCCUGCAUAUUGUUGUACAGAGAUGGGCUAUGGUUCUUUCCUUUAACAAUCUUUAUUUUCUAAUUUCGUGAACACUUUUCAGUUUUCAUAUUUCAGAAUAUUGUGAAUAAAGUCAACUGGUUAUGGGAGCAUUUAGUUGUUUUUGCUAUUUUCAAACACAGUUCUUUGAUUUUUAUUGCAUCUUCUCAGCUUCAGAUGUUGAAGCUCAUAGAAGAAAAAAUUCAGUAUACCUGCAUCCUCUGAUAUGCCACUUUACAGUUUCCAUGCUACAUGUUUGCUCCUAAUUGUUUACUUGGAGGGCUUAUAGGUUUUAUAUAAGCACACAGAAAUAGUAGAACAGUGCUGGCUAUCGAGGAAGGAUGUUUUCAUCAGCAGUGCAAGCAACCUGCAGGAAUGUUUCCCAUGCCAUGCAGAAUGGCUACUGUUGUGGAAAUCCUGAUUGUACAUACCAUUCUUGCUUCUGGGCUGAACAUGUUCAGUUCCAGCAGUUACUGAGCUUGCUGAUUACUCAAAACAUAAUAUUUUUUCUUGCUUCUGUAAUUUGCUAGGAAUGCUUACCAAAAGCUAUGCCAUCUUGCAGAGUCUCUGAGGUGGGUCAGCUCAUGUUCCCAACGUCCUAAGAACUAGAAUUAACCAAGAGAUAUUUCAAGUGACAUAAAUCAAGCACAACAAAUACUUGCUUCCCAAAGUAUGUUUCUACUUUGAUGGAUAGGGAACAAGUGCGUGCAGAUUUAUGCUAAACCUGACCUGUUCAGCACACCAUUUUACGCUUUCUAAAAUAAGUGGAUUUAGAUUUUAUUUUGACUGUUCUUCAGCAACUUUGCUUACUGAAAUCUAGAUAAGAUUUUUGUGUUAAGCUGAAAUGUUUAAGAGUGUAAAUGAAAGUUUGUUAUUUGUUGCUGCUGUUGUUUUUGGAGAUUCUGCAUCUUCAUCAUUGCACUGUGAAAAUGUUUCUUAAAAAAUAAAGGGAGACUGAAGUUCUCAGUGGACGGUGGAUUUGAAACUGCAGAUCCAUUCCAGCACAAUAACAAAUGUUUUUGCAAAGUCUCUGGAAAAGUGCUAUGGUUUUUAACACAACAGUAGGUGAAGGAGGAAUUUAAUUAUUUUACUUGGAGCUCAGAUACCAGCAUGUCUGAUGACACGUAAUCCACAAUAGCAGCUUGUAGUUCUAAAAUGAGUAAGGAGCGAGAGACUGCUGCCAGCACCAGAGCAGAAAUUGAGACUCUUUUGCCCACCUUUGGGGGCAUGGAAAACAGUUUUGGAAAUAUCAGCACAGCUUUUGCUGAGAUAACUGUUAAGCAUUUUCAAAGGCUCCAAAAAGCCUACCAAAACUCAAAAGACAAGGCUUUUGAUGUGGAAAACAGUUCUGGGUGUUCUCAUCUGUGGUUUUAAUGAGCAUUUGGAACAGGAUAUGACAGGUGUUUAUGUUUGCAGGUAUAUUUGAUUUGAAGGUCCCCCAGGGGUGUGGAUUUGAGCAUACUCAUUGAGUUAACUUUUCCACUGGAGUGGCAAGUGGGACUUAAUGACAUAUU